ACAGUCACUAAGCAAACUGUUUUAAGUCGAGGACUACCUGUACUUUAUCACUUUUUUCCUUUUUUGGGGGGUCAUCAAAUUUUUGACACCUUGCCAGGUGACGGGUGGUCCUCAGAUGUUGCCGUAUCCUCAAAGUGGUACAAUGGGUGAAAAGGUUGAAAAGCCCUGUUCUAGUCCAACCCCCUGCUCAGGCAGGCAACCCAGUGCCAUUCCAGACAAACGUCCCUUUCAACUAUUCUACGUUCUGCGUACUACGGCUGCGGGGUUGACGUCCCCCAAGUAAAUCUAGAGCCACAAGGUGUGUUGAAAGAGAGACACCUUGACGGCUGUUGAAACAAGGAGCUCUUUUUCUGCCCUCUCACCCAAGCCGAGGACGGUAUUGGUCGGGGACGGUAUUGGAAACGGUAACCUCAUCCUGCCAACUGAGAGCCUGGCCUCCCCCCCCCCCAAGUGGGUGUCCUGUGAAGCACUGGGACUCCCGGGUGGAAAAAUGCAUCCGGCACGGCUGCGGAACGAGAAGGAGAGACGGUGGUAAUCCGAGCCGGGAGCUUGAGAAGAGGACUGCCGCCUUGCUGGGAAGAAAGCAGAGCUGGAGAGAGAGGGAGAAGGAGGGAGAACGGCGAGCAAAGGACGAUUUAAGAGGCUCGGCGAGAUCAGGUGGCACAGAGAGGACGAAGUGGAUUUGGGUUUUUUUGCCCGAAAAAAAAAAAAACAGAAAAAGAAGAUCCGGAGACUGUUGGACAAAGAACGAGAUUUGUCCGAGGAAUUUGGCAGAGGAGGGAAGGCCGAACGGAGUUCGCUGUGGCCUCGGGGUGGGAGCGAGCGGGUCAGCGCCUGGCGAAUAAGCCUGACCCUUGGCCAGGCGCCCCAAUUGCUCCGUGGAUGGAUAUUAGACAGAUCAAGAGUUGAUGGCCAGUUGACCCUAAGAGGAAUCCUUUCUCUGGUGCCCAAGCUGGAUCUGCCGCUCCCGGUGAGCUCAGAAAGGGAUGCGAAGGGCACGCCGCACGGAAGCCAUGAACCCCGCCUGCCUGCCUCUCAUUUUCCUAUUGCUGCUGGAGAGGACGUCUCGCGCCCACUUCCCUGAAGAAUCUGGGCCCAUCAGCGUCGCUCUGGAGGACUACGUCAAGCAAUAUGCCGUGUUUGUGGGCAACGGACCCGGACGAUUCGCCAGCCAGGAGGCCGGGGCUGAGCGCCUCCACAUCCAACGGAUGCUGACCAUCAACCGGACGCUGUUUAUCGGGGAGAGGGAUAAUUUAUACCGGAUCAGCUUGGAAUCUGCUACCGCUGGAGAGAUGCGUUAUCACCGGAAAAUGACGUGGCGAUCGAAUAAAAACGACAUCAACAUUUGUCACAUGAAAGGAAAACACGAAGCAGAAUGCCGGAAUUUUAUCAAAGUGCUGCUUCUUCGCAACGACAACGUGCUCUUUGUGUGCGGGACGAAUGCCUUCAACCCCGUUUGCUCCGAUUACAGUAUGGACUAUCUAGAACCGAUGGGGGACAACAUCAGUGGCAUGGCCCGCUGCCCUUACGACCCCAAGCACGCCAACGUUGCCCUUUUUACAGGUGGCAUGCUGUUCACCGCCACGGUGACCGACUUCCUGGCCAUUGACGCCGUCAUUUACCGCAGCCUCGGAGACAGCCCGACCCUGCGCACGGUUAAGCACGACUCCAAGUGGUUUAAAGAGCCCUACUUUGUCCAUGCGGUGGAGUGGAAGAACCAUGUCUACUUCUUCUUCCGAGAGAUCGCGAUGGAAUUCAACUACUUAGAGAAGAUGGUGGUUUCCCGGGUGGCCCGAGUGUGCAAGAAUGACAUGGGGGGGUCCCAGAGGGUGCUGGAGAAACAGUGGACUUCCUUCCUCAAGGCUCGUCUGAAUUGCUCCGUCCCAGGAGACUCUCACUUCUACUUCAACGUCAUCCAGUCGGUCACGGACAUUUUGGAGAUCGAGGGCAGGCCGAUGGUGCUGGCUGUCUUCUCCACCCCCACCAACAGCAUUCCCGGCUCUGCCGUCUGCGCCUACGACAUGACCCAAAUUGCAGCCGUUUUUGAAGGUCGCUUCCGAGAGCAAAAAUCUCCUGAAUCCAUUUGGACCCCGGUACCGGAAGAGCUGGUUCCCAAACCACGACCAGGUUGCUGUGCGGUGCCCGGAAUGCAGCACAACUCCUCCAGUCUUUUUCCCGACGAGAUCCUCAACUUUGUCAAGACCCAUCCCCUGAUGGACGAGUCGGUCCCAUCGCUGGGAAACGCUCCUUGGAUCAUCCGGAGCGUGGCUCGGUACCAACUCCGGAAGAUUGUGGCGGACAACACAGCCGGACCGGGCAGGAACUACACCGUUGUCUUCCUGGGCUCCGAUUCGGGAACCGUCCUAAAAUUCCUCAUCCGCGCCAACCUCAGUGCCGGCUCUUCCGACGCCCGAGCCAGGGGCCACAGCUUGCUGCUGGAGGAAUUUGAGACGUACCCCAGCGACAAGUGCGGCAAGGACGGGACUGGCGAAAGGAAACUGCUGAGCAUGGAGCUGGACAAGGCCACGGGGUCACUGCUGCUGGCCUUCCCGCCCUGCGUCGUACGGGCCCCAGUGGCCAGGUGCCACCAGCACUCCACCUGUAUGAAGAAUUGUUUGGCCAGCAACGAUCCGUACUGUGGCUGGACGCCGGAAGGGUCUUGUAUUUUUCUGGAACGCAACACCAGGCUGGCGUUUGAACAAGACAUUGGUGGCGUCAAGACGGCCUAUCUGGGUGACUGUGAAGGCCUGGUGACCGAAAGCUUUGUGGAUGAACCCAAUGGGCUGGUGUCCGUCAACUUGCUGGUCAUCUCUUCCGUGGCUGCCUUCGUCAUUGGAGCAGUGAUCUCGGGCUUCAGCGUCUGCUGGUUCAUCGGACAUCGAGAUCGCAAGGAGCUGGCCCGCCGCAGAGACAAGGAGAACAUCCUUGCGCAUGGCGAAUCCGUGGUCAGCGUCAGCCGGCUGGGAGACCGGCGCUCCCGGGGACCCGGCGGGCAACCAGAAAACCUCUUGGCUCCGCUCAUGCAGAACGGGUGGCCCAAAGGACUGAUUAAGAUGGGCCAGCACGACCUCGAUUCGGGGGUACUCCCCACGCCAGAGCAGACCCCCUUGCAGCAGAAACGGUACCCCAAGCCGUGCAGCUGGGAAUAUAGCCACAAUCUCAUUAACGCUUCCCUGCGCGGAGGAGAACCACCGUCCUCGGUUAUCCUUCUCCACGCGGGACACGCCCCGGUGCCGUCGCACCUGAGUUCCGGACGAGUCAUCCCCAUUUCCUGCCAGUCUGUGCUGAUGGACCAAGAACUGGACAGCGAAGGAGCAGACCUCUCGUUAGACAUGCGCUAUCUGCCGGUGAGUGGUGGCGAGGGUCUGAGAAGCAUCCAGCCACAGCCAGGCCCACUGGCGCACCGGCCCUGUGGGACUCGGAGCUCGUACGGCAGCGAGCUGCCUAUCACGCCGCACGACAGUCCAGAUCGGCGGCGGGUUGUAUCCGCUCCGAGCGGGGACACGGGCAAUCAGUGGAAUCCCGAGAAGCUGAACUUCAACAGUAACAGCACGGGCAGCAAGGGGAGCGCUCACCUGAGGCGCACCCACACGUUCAACAGCGGGGAAGGUCAGGCAGCUCACGCCCGGGUCCAGCGGACGUCAACGCCGGGCCCUCAGCACACCCUCACAGACUACAGCCACCUCUUGAAAUACAGUGGGGCAGAGCGGACUCCGUCUUCGGUCAAAUAGGGCUGGUCAGGGGGUGUGUGGCUUGGCUUGAUAACCUUCUUCCUUGCUGCAGAGAGGAAGAGGAGGAGGAGGAGGAAGAGCAAAGCAGGAAAACAACAGUGAGAGAUGCUUGAUUUCCCCCGUAGGUGGCCUGGAGGGGCCGGCGUGCCCCACUUCCCAAGCGUGCAGAUUUGUGUCCCGUUCCAGAUCUGCGCGCGACACAAAAGGAGGCUCUUUUCUUCGUGUGUGCGUGUGUGCGUGUGUGUGUUUUGGGGGUUCUCUUCAUCCUGGCGCUUCCUCAUUGGAUUCUUCCUGGCCUUUGCAAAACUCCUCCUCCUCCCUGAGGGGGUGGGCAGGCAGGGGCAGGCCCGGGCACUGCCCCACCCACCCGCGUGUGGGCAAAGGGACUGUCGGUAAGUCAGGAAGGAACAGCGAUUGUGAAACGAGUUGCAACGAGUAUCUGCUGCUAAGAAGAAGAAAAAAAAGAACGGGAAGGCUGCACAAAGCAUUGGGGGGGGAGCCCUCCUGGUUUCUUUACUCAUUCACUCUUCUCUCUCCCCCCCCCCCCCGCAUUUUAUUUUUUCUUUUGGGCUCUGGAAGGGUGGGGGGAUUCAAUUUCGGACUGCGAAAGCGCUUUCCGAAAAUGACCAUUGUCCGUUUCGUUUUUCCUCUUUCUGUUGUUGUUUUUUUUUAACGUGGUUCCAGAGGGUCCCACGCGUGCCAACACGCCCAGAUGUGAACCGCACAUCCUGAGCUCCUGCAGGGCUGUUGUUCCUCUCUAGGAACAAGAACUUUCUUGGGGGAAGAGACACCCCCCCCCCGAGUCCCCUUCUCCUUGGUGCUACAUGUGGGUCCCACCACUGCAACAGUUGUACUCGCGUCACACCCGGCUCGCAGCACAGAAUUCCUGGGUGUUCCACGCUUAGUGGCAAGGCUGAUCCUGGUGGGAGGGAAGUGUGUAUGGCUGGAAAUUCAUCCUAGAUUUCAGGGGUUCCAGCGGGGCCUACCUAGAGAGGAUUCCCAGCUUUGUAAAAUUCUGUUUCUUGCCGAGAUACUUGGGUUGAGUUUGCACAACAUGCUAAAUCUGCCACUUCCAGAACUGUGCUUUAUAGAACGAAAUUCCAGGCUUGCCCCGCAAAGGGUAAGUAAACUAGCCAGCCCCAUUUUAACUUGAGAGUGUUGUGUGAACCUUUUAGAAGGCGAGGGUGCGCUGGCCAGCUUGGUCUGAUUAGAAUGAGCAGUUUUUGAACGGGUUUUAUCAAAUUAUAGAGAGCGGAAGCACGCUGAUUUCAGUCCGGCUUUGCGAAGGACUGUGGCGCAGCGGCCAGCUCUUUGCUUAAGCCAAUGGUUCUCAACCUGUGGGUCGGGACCCCAUUUGGGGUCGAACGACCAUUUCACGGGGGUCGCCAAACAACGCAGUCCGCCAUUUUCCCCCCCUUUUCCUUAG